UGAUCUCAAGAGGACGCUCGCUCUCCCGCUGAAUUCAAUUCUCCGCAGAAACUAACUGUGCAGCAGCAACAGCGCCGCGUGUGCGCGAGUGUGUGUGUAAUUAGCGCGUGUGACGAGCAGCAGCGCAUUUAAUUAACAAAAUACAACAAAAUAAGAAUUAUAAUCAAAAGGCAGACGGAGAGAGCUCAAGUUCAAAUUCAUUCGGGAUAAAUGUAAAUUAAAGUGAACAAUUUUGAAACAUUUUCAAUUCUACAAAAAUCACAAAUUCUACGCAAGUUAACUAUACGAUAAACACACAACUUCCAAAUCUUUAAACAAAAUUCGGAAAGCAUGUCUGACUGAAGAUAAAAUACUUAUAAAAGUUAUACAAACAAAGUCUUCGCAAGAUUCUAGAAUGAAAAGAGAACUCUAAGACGCAGCUGAGAUUUUGGAAAACCCAUCAGAGAAAGACUCUAAAAACACAUCCCAAUUCUUCAGAAGGCUUUAUGUUAAGCAUGACAGUGACCGGCCUGCGCCAGACGAUGACCAGCCCCACGGUGCCGCCGAGCAGUAUCAGCCUCUCCAGCGGCAACGGGAGCAGUUCCACCACCAUCAGCAGCUCCAACACCAUGGCCAGCCUAAGUCCCAGCCUGCAUCCGCUGAGCAGUCCCACCUCGCCGUCGGCCCUGCUUUUGGCCCACCAACAGCACCUGCUCCAGCAGCAUCAUCAGCAUCAGCAGCAGCAGCAGCAACAACAGCAGCAGCAGCAAGCGGCUCUCCAGCUGGCUGCAGUGCAUCCGCCGGCACAUCACCUGCACAAGACCACCUCCCGACUGAGCAACUUCAGUGUGGCCUCGCUCCUGGCGGACACGAGACCGAGAACGCCACCAAAUGCAGUUGGAGAAGCGCCCACGAAUCUCUCCAGCUCGGCGGCCACAUCGCCCAUCUCCCAGGCCAGCAGCACACCCCCGCCGCCGGCUGUGGCUUCUGUUCCCGCUGGAGUGCCUGGAGUGACCACCACCACCUUCCAUCCCGCCGCCGUGGCACAUCAUGCUCAUCUGCUCCAGGCGGCGGCACAUGUCCAUCACCAGGCCAUGGCCGCUCAGCUGAGACAGCAGCAGCAACAACAGCAGCAGCAGCAGGCGGCGGAUGCGAGGGUCAAUUCCCCGCCAGCCUCCACCAGCAGCACGCCCAGCUCAACGCCGGUGGCGCCGGGUUCCGCUCCAGGCUCUGGAACGGGAAUCACACCUUGCCUGCCCGCGAAGAACGAGCGCCACUCGCCGCUGGGCAGUCACACGGACUCGGAUCUGGAGUACGACGAGGAGCUGUUGCAAGAGCAUGACGCCGAUCCCGAUCACGACGAGGAGGAGGACAUCGAUAUCGAGGACAUGAAUGCCGAUGAUUCGCCGCGUUCCACACCCGACGGCCUCGACAGCAGUGGCGGCGGCAAAUCCAUGGAAUCUCCGCACAGCGUCGGCAAUCCUUCGGGUGCGCACAUGUCCUCGGCGAUCCUGUCGCCGGCGGCUCUGGCCUCCGGCCAUGUGCCCAUCCGCCCAACGCCCUUCAGCGCUCUGGCAGCGGCGGCGGUGGCCUGGACGGGAAUGGGAGCCGGUGUGCCAUGGCCAGGUGCCAGGCAAAUGCCGCCCUUCGGACCGCCGGGUCUGUUUCCGGGACAAGGAUUUGGAGGAGAUGCCAAUGAACCGCCAAGGAUCAAGUGCAACCUGCGAAAACACAAACCGAAUAGGAAGCCCCGCACACCGUUCACCACCCAGCAGCUGCUCUCGCUGGAGAAGAAGUUCCGGGAGAAGCAGUACCUGAGCAUUGCCGAGCGGGCGGAGUUCUCCUCGUCGCUCCGGCUGACCGAGACGCAGGUGAAGAUCUGGUUCCAGAACCGGCGGGCCAAGGCCAAGCGGCUGCAGGAGGCGGAGAUCGAGAAGCACAAGAUGGCGCUGCUGGGACGGGGGGCGCAGGGCGCCCAGUGGGCCAUGGCCGGGUACUUCCAUCCGAGCCUGAUGCACCUGGGAUAAGUGGCGGCCCAGUUGGCCCAACAGAGAUGCCAACGGAGCCAUAGUCCCCCCAAUCCUGGUAACCAAAAAGCCGAUGCUGAUGCGGAAACCCCCAAAAUUUUGCUGUGAUGUUAGCGCAUUUUAUGUUACGAUACUUCCAAAUGUUGUUUCAAAUGCACGCCCUGUAAAUACUAUAAGAUAUACAUAUAUAUCCCGACCCGAUUAAGCACCCCGAUUAGCCACGAUCGAACUCUGUAUAUAUAUAUAGAAUGCCGAGAGAAAGAUAUGUUUCCUAAUUGUACAUAGAAAUGAAAAAGAGAACUCUAUCAACAUUGUUUGUUUCGUUUUCGUUUUGGAUUAAUAACAAUAAUUUAUUUUCGCACCACAACACUCAACAAGUCAACAAGUCAGCGUGAAAACAACCCAUUAAGAACAUUAACUAAAUUUAUACAUUUCGAUUGUGUAUUGUGUAAUUUGCAUUGUAAGUCAGUCUAGCGAAAAAAGAUACUUCUAAGCAUCUAAACUAAACUAAAUCUAAAGCUACAGCUAUGCCGUUAAAAGUACUCUACGAUAAUACCACAGACCCUAUACAUAUAGUUCAUAAAUGCAUAAUAAUAAUAAUAUAAAUACCAUAUAGCGUUAAUCCUCUGUAGUUGUUUAAUCAUUAAAUCGUAAAAUAAUAACAAAAAAUAAUACAAAAACAAGAGCAGAAAGUGCUGAGACGAAUCAU